GAGGCUCACAAGCAGUGAGGACACAGAGGCAGAGCGGCUUUGCACCACUUUUUGUAAGACUGUUUUUACUAUAAAAGCUUCAUUUCAGGAUCCGCAGCGCCUUCUUUUGCGCUGCACACUGGCUUACACAGUAAAGAAAAGGAUGAAAAACGUCUUAAUGUGAAUAGGAAUUAUACUGUGAUAAUCUGGAUUUAAUAAACGGAGGAGUGGGAGGAAUAACGCAACUCAUGGUUAUUUAUUUUGAUGAUGCUGAGGAGCCAGUUUCUGCUUCGGAUUUACGUCCAAAAACAAGUCUGAAGCCAGAGGAUGACAGCAGCAGGUCCUGUCUGCAGCCCCGCCUCCUCCCACUCCUCCCAGUCAUCACCUGUUUGCCUCCCAGCAUGCCAGAGACACCUGAUGAAAGGCAAAGCCCUCCAGACCAAACUGCCCCUGCGCUCUGCCCCAGGUGUGUGGCUCCUGCUGGGUGUAGUGGUGGUUUUGGUGGGGAUGGCUGUUGCAGUGGCAGGCUACGUAUCCGCAGCACCGAAGCCCGUUGGCGUCGGCCGAGGCAGCACCCACAUUGAGCGGAUGAAACUGGCCGGGCCCGUGAUCAUGGGAGUGGGCCUGUUCAUCUUCAUCUGCGCCGCCACACUGCUGUACGAGAACCGGGAUCUGGAAGUCCUCAGACGGGAGUCACCCGAUGAUCUCGAGGAUCUGAAGGGGGGAGACGGCUGGGAGGAUUCACAGGAGCAGCCCAGCUUCAGCUGUCAGGAGCAGUGGGAGUACAAAGAUGGAGAGCAGGCAUGCUGGAGCGCUCCGACCCACACACUCCCCCUCUCAAACCAGAACUGUGGUCCUCCUCUUAACCCACCUCACAGGAACACACACAACAGUGGCAGCAGGCCAUCACCGCCGCCUCCUUCAGAUGCAGGAGGUGGAGACAGGGAGGAGGUGGAGGAGCAGGAGAAGGAGGGAAGAUCCACUCUGCUGGCCCGAGUUCUGCACCACCAGGAGCCAAUUCCUCACCCUCCCUCCCCCUGCCCGUCCAUCUCCCACUCCUCUGUCUACUCAGACUCUUGCAACUCCAGUGAAAUCAACUUCAACAUACGGACAGGCUUUCCUCAACACUGAACCCCC